GGGGGUUAUCACUGUUGGGGAUGAUACCCCUCCUCCUACCCUGAUUCCAGAACAGGCGCGGCAGUAUUGGCCUGAAUGAAUUCUUGAGCCGGACAGCGAGGAGAUGUUGGGGCCCCCGCCGGAAGCUACUAUGCCACCCCCGACGCAGGCGGAGCCAGAGGGGGGCGAGAGGGCGAGGACACCUACUACUGUGGCGCCGCAACUAACUGAGUCUACAGGUGCACGCAUGGAUGUGGAGGUGCCGACAUCCGGGGAGCCUCCGCCAGGGCCGCCACCCGCAGAGGAGGGGACAAGUGAGAGAGAUCCACUGCGAGAGGGUCACGAGGGGAGGACAGGGAAGCCACCGGGGGAGACGAAAGAAGAGAAGCGCGCGAGGGUGCAGGUACGCCUCGAAGAGCUAUACAAGGAAAAGCUUAGGAUGGAGACCUCAGGAGAAGCGCCAAAGCCGCCAAUUGACCCUCCGACGAGCGAGCCGAGGAUUAGUGAGGCUUGGGCCAGCUAUGAGAGCGAGAGGGAUGCGGCUCGCCUGAGGUCGCGAGAGGUACAGGGGCUCUUUGGCCGGGAAGGAACGACAGAGCCACCUCAGCAAGGAGGGAUGGGGAAGGUAUUCCUUGACCCAAUAGAGGCGGCAGCACGGCGGGAGGCCGAGGAGGGGAGGUUCAGCUUUAGGACGCCCACGGAGUUGGCCUCGCAACAGGCCACCCCUAUGACGAUUGAAAUCCCUGAGGGCGAGCCGGCGCAGGGACCCCAACCUCCAGUGGAGGAAGGGGGCCCCACAGAGGAGUCCCCUACGAUCCUUUUGGAGAUGCAGGAGGGUGCCCUUACGGGAGCAGCAGCAUCCACUGAGCCGGAGGCAAUGAGGGGAGAGGCGUCUCGACUGGAUGAGUUAGUGGCGGGCCUGGCGGCUACAGAGUUGGACAUGCCGUCAGGAGAGCCUCAGAGACAGAAGACCCCAAAGCGUGUGCCAGAGAUAGGGGAGCUGAGGACGCAGUUAGGCUCUUGGGCUACUCGAGCUGACUCAGGAGAGCACAUCUCAGAGCARCAGCAGGAAGUUAUGAGCGAGUCAGCGACUGCCKYGACUCCCCAGCCUUCCGACCUGCAUAGGGACGAGGGGGCGACUGCGAGGGGAGGAGUCCGCGAGGGUAGGCCACUGAGAUUGGACACUCCAGCGUACCGACCCGAGGGAGGUGAGGCGAUAGCAGGGCCGAGUACCCAGAUGAUGGAGGUGGGGCCUGCAGAGUCAUGGAGUAUGCCCCAGAGCCAUGAGAUGAGCAGGGAAACUAGCGAGACGCCGCCGUCGCCUGGGUCCCAGAAGAAGAAGAGGAGGUGUCGAGGGAGAUCAGACGAUCAGUGCUUCUUCUGCAAGGACGGUGUACAUAGAGCUCUUGAAUGCCAGAAGUUCCUUAAGGACAAGGCGGCUGGGAGAGUAACAGAGAGUGGUGGGAGAAUGUACGACAGGCAGGGGCGAAUGGUAGAGCGGGCUCCAGAUGGGGGUAGGGCACAGUUAUAUAGACAGAACCAGGAGGCUAUGAAUGAGUAGGGACUGGUCCGUUUAUAUGACAGUAGGAUUAGAGCUCCUCUGUACGCAGAGGCCGUGAUAGGGGUGUACAUACUCUGAGUUAGUCAGAGGAGUCCCGUUUAGUUGUAUAUACAUAGGUGGCGGUGUGUGAUCGGCUUGAGCUUUAUGUGUGAUACGGUCUAGGGGAUGAGACUUAGUUGUAUGAUAUCUACGACAUACGYGAUUUGCAUUUUCAG